AUGGCUGUUCUGUUGUUUCCUGCAUUUUUGGCACUCGCUAAACACCUUACCACGCAGCCAAUUGCUCUGGCUCUUGCUCUGUCAUUUACCUAUGCAGUGGUUGGUGCAAUCAGGCGUCGAUACUUCCACCCACUUUCUCAUAUCCCAGGACCUCUAAUGGCAAGCAUGACAGGAUGGUACGAAGCAUACUACGAUGUUGUAACUGGAGGGACAUAUGUCAAAGAAUAUACUUGGAUGUACAAAAGAUAUGGUCCUGUUGUUCGGACUUCGCCCAACCACGUCCAUGUUGAUAAUUUGGAAUUCUACAAAAAAAUUUUCAACAUCCGAACCAUGUACAUGAAGGAGCCGGAUUUCUAUGGACGGCUAGGUGCCUCAAACUCAAUUGUGGGCAUUAUGGAUCCGGAUCAACACCGCGUACAUAGGAGACUUCUCAAUCCCAUGUUCUCAAAACGAUACAUCUAUACAUUAUCGCCUCUUAUGGCGGAGAAGCUCGAAAUGGCUAUACGUGUUAUGGAGGAACGAUGCCAGAGCAGAAAACCGGUAGAUAUUCAGACACUCUAUCGCUGCAUCACGAUGGAAAUGAUCUCGAAAGCACUCUUUGGCAAAUCUCAGGAUCUUCUUCUAUCUGGGGAUGAGGAGCCAUCAAUCUUAGCUCAAUUGACACUCUUCGUGAAUGACUCCGGGUUGAUCAAGCACUUUCCAAUUGUCAAACACAUCACUAAAAUUCUACCCACUGUGCUAGGCCGUACUGUACUGAAAGGUCUUGCUAAAUUUCGCGCAGAAGCCCGACGAUGGGUGCAAGUUGUGCGGCAAAGACGAGCACAGGGACUGAAAUAUGGCGAGAAUGGACACCCGACACUCUUUGACAUACUUCUCGAGUCGAAUGUCGAGAAAGGGUAUGUGGUGCCGCCUGCGGAAGCACUUAUCGAUCAAGCUUUCUUUUUCCUAAUGGCGGGCACUGACACAACUUCCUAUUCUCUUUCUUGUGCUACUUACUAUGUGCUCUCACAUGAUGAGGUGCACAAAGGACUGGUCGAAGAGUUAGUCGCUGCACCAAGAGACCAAUAUGGGAGGUUUGAGUACAAAGUUCUCGCGGGCUUGCCGUAUCUGUCGGCAGUGGUGAAGGAAAGCCUGCGACUCUCUACUGCUGUUGCUGGGAAUAUUCCUCGUGUGGUUCCGGAAGGUGGGGUGAUUGUUGACGGGUAUUUCCUUCCUGCCGGUACGGCUGUCUCAGUAACCCAUCGCACAAUUCACGACAACCCCAACUUGUUCCCGCAACCAGAAAACUUCGAUCCACUACGCUGGCUCGGGACUAAUAACAAGGAGCUGGAUUACUGGAACGUGUCGUUUUCUAAGGGACCUAGGAGGUGUCUUGGAAUGAAUCUAGCAUACCUAGAAAUUUAUAUGUGCCUCGCAACUUUCAUAUUGCAUUUCGAUAUGCGUUUAUUCGAGACGGACGAGCGGAGCAUGGAGUGGUGGGAUAAAGGGAUUACGGUCAAUCGCAAGCAUGUGAAAGUAGUAGCUAUUAAAAGAGAGCUAGUGGUCAGAGUCUGAACAAACAUGGCGAAUAGUAUCGAAUUUGUCGUCUCCUGGAAGCGAGAUGAAGCCAUUGACAGGCAGGGAGACGGGUCGCAGGAGGCUCGCAAUGAUGGGAGAAAUUCUCGGUAUUCCGUAUGGCGCUGAAGCCCUGGUUGUGGGAUUUUUGGAUAUGAUGCACGCUACUGAUGCGGUGUUGCUGUUGCUGAUUAGCUUGUGGUUUAGCUUUGAAACAGUUGAGACUCGUACUCUAGCAUGGCCAUGGCCGAGAUUCUGUCGGCUGUCUCUGGUUGAGCGCGAGACGAAGUAGGCAUUCCUUCACUUCAAUGAUAGGAGAGUAAACAAUGCAAUCAUUCAUUUAGGUCGAGG